ACACGUUUUGUGUGACAAAAGUCAUUUAAAAUGGAGAAAUAUGGGAUAUUGUGUCUGUGGUUUAUAACGUUUAUCGAGGAUGUGUUAUGUGGUCAGACCUGCUACACAGGCUUGGCCAGGUCCGAGUACUGUACCUACGGCUGCUGUGAUGAUAAUUAUGACAUCUACGACUACUGUUGUGAACCGUACUCGUGGAUAUAUGGCGUCGCUGUCGUAGGUUUUGUAGCUGUUGUUGUCGUUGUUGCGGUCGUUAUAUUCUUCCUUAAGAAGAAGCAAAAUGCAUCCCGAAGAAAUGUCCAUCCUCAAAACACAACUGCGACAGUUUCAGUUAUACAACCUCCCCCAUACCAAGCCCAGGGUCAGAUGACACCCGCUUACCAGCAGCCCGGGGGAUACUCCGCGGGUCCAAAUCAGAUUUACCCGCCUCCCCCACCAGUCAACUAUGGGCAGCAAGACGCAGCCUACCCGCCUAAAUACUAAUAUACAGUUUCCGACAUGCUCUGAUGUUCGACGAGGCUCUUUACGACGUUGUUUUCUUUACAAAUAUACAUUUUCACAUUUCCAAAGUGCUUUGAUUUUUGUUCGAACUGGUAUUGUCCAUAGGUGGCAAUAGUAAUCUGAGAUGUGAAAAAACAACCCAGCAACAUAAUAAUAUAACAACUUGUUUUCACCAUCACUGACUUAUACUGUCACUUAUGGUAUAGCCUGCAUGCAGGCGCAUGCCGAAUUAUGUUUGCCUUAAAGGCUUGUAUAUCUUAUAACUGUUGGAAUUGUUUCUUGUAAACCAGUGUCAUAGUGUAAAAGGAUUGGCAAGAUAUGGCCGUGAAAACGAACGAACUCCAUAAUAGGUCAUAGUGACAGACGACUGGAAGUCCGAGUGGGAACGAACCACACAAGCCGACAGAGGCUGGGCUGACCCGUUGUAUCAAGUGAUUAUACAAAAUGUUAUAUACAAAAUGUAAAAGUAGCAUGUUUUCAGAACUCACUGGUG